AUGGAGAGUUCAGAAGAUGAUGCGGGCACAGCGACGAACGCUUCCCGCCGUGUAUCGGCGCGGGAAAAGGACGUCGGACUGGCCGAAGACGUCAAUGCAACUAGUAGUUUACACCAGAAACCAUCGGAAGAACGAUCGACAAACGAAACUCCUGCGAUGUCGGAAGAUAAUUUCGAUGGCGACAGUGUACCGUCGCCGUCGUCGCAGGAUGUCAACACAAGCACUGAAGCGAUUUUGGAUAUGAUUGAUGAAAUCGUGGAUGGUCCAGACGCACCGAAGCGGCUACCGCUAUCAUCAGAAUGUGUCGACGGGUUAAACGAAGAGUUAGCUGCGACUAGUUAUAAUCUUAAUAUCAUACAAGAUUCAGUUAAGAGUUAUAUUGAAAACAUUGCACCACUUCAAGUAGUAUCGCCUGUCAAUAGUGUACCUGUCGAUAGUGAAAUUGUAAUUCCGGGAAACAUCGACACUAUGCCAGAAUGCUCAACUCUUGGUGAAGUCUUUACUAAUGAUGUAAAUACGAAAAGUGUUGAUUUAUUAGCAGCAAGUUCAUCAGUGCUUGAGUGUGAGGAGAAAGUAGUGUCAACCGAAGCAGAGGACAUUGUAGUGUCGAAUGUUGUUACUGAGACGUCAACAAACUGUCCUCUGCCUAAUAUUCCUUCCAGCAGUGAAGAACAAACUGUACAAAAUGUAUCUGAUAUUAGUGUAAGUGAACAACAAGAUCGAACAGUUAAGUGUGUCACAUCCAGUGAUACCAGAGACAAUGUGACUGUGGAAAGUGCAGAAUCAACAUCUAGUGAUAGUAGUGUUAGUGAAAGUAAGGUCUCAUUUGUGGAGGCACAAGUUCGGUCACCACUCAGACGGAGACUUGUGAGACCAGCACCUAGCGAUAGGCGGCCGGACUCUACUGUGUCCUCAACAGUUGACUCUCAAAGUAAUGAUAAUGUUAUCACUGCUGAACAAUCGAGUAGUGAAAAUAUUGCUAAGGAUGUGACAAGCUCAUCUGAUGCCAUGCCCAUGAAAUAUGAUAAUGUAAAACCAGAAGAGAUUAGCAAUGUAAGUGAAAUUAAUUACUGCAAUGCAGAAACAUCAGUAAGUCCCAAAAAAAUUAAACUUAUUAGACAAAAAAAUAUUACUGGUAUUAGUAAUAGAGAGACUCCUAUAGACAAAAGUACAGUUUUGUUUGGAAAUGAGCAAUGUCAAUCAACUUCACAGGAUAAUCAUUCAGGUAAUUUAUCAAUUUCAACUACAGAAUCCUCAAGUACUGCUAGUUUAUUAAAAUCCCAAGAUUCCUAUGACAAUCCAGUAUUAGAGAAUAAUUGUAUAUCAGAAAAACAAGUUAAACCACCAAGUGUUGAAAAAGAAAAUUGUAAUGAAAAUUCUCAGUCAACAAAAGCAGUCCAAUCAACACCAGAUAGAGAUGAUAACCAACAAGCAAUUAAUUGUGAAAAAAUUUCAACUGUUGAGUCCUACUCUGUUUUACUUAAUGAUAAUACUUGUCACUCCGAACAGGAACCACAUAGUUUACCUAGAUCUAACUCAUCAAAACAGAUGGUUGACACUAAAACUGUUGAUUUAGAACAGAGUUACAGCUAUAGCACCCAGGAUAAUGAAGAUUAUAUACCUUUACAUCUACCACCAAAAAAUACAGUGUAUCAAUCAAAGAACAGUGACUUAAAAUCAAGAACUGAAAAACCAGAUCAUGGUGUUGUUGUGUCAAUUAUUACAGAAGAUGGAACAAAGACUCAGGAAUUAAAAUCAAGCAGUGAGCAGGAAUCUCAGAGCAAUAAGUUUGAAGCAGACAUAGAACCAAAAUGUCACAAAGUGGACUGUGAUGUGCUAAAAGGACAAAUUCAAUCAACAAGCAGUGACAAGAAGAGCUGUUUGAUUAUGUCUGAAAAUAUAGAACCAGAAUCAAGAAAUAUAGAAGUUGAAUCUAAUAACAAAAUAUCAAUGAGCUGUGCCCCUAAAUUAGAAAGCAGUCAACCUGAUUCUUGCACCAGUAAGCUCAUAAGAAAGAGCGACAAAUCUGAUGUAGAGGUUAGUGAAACUGAUUCCAAAGGAUGCGAUGUUGAAUCAAACAACAGUAUGCCUAUUUCAAAAAUUGAAGAUCUAACAAUAAAUAGUGAUAAGACUAUUGAAUUAGAGUUCAGGAGCGGUAAGCCUGAUUUAAAAAAUACUGAAGUUUUGGCAAAGGAAAGAGAACUUUCUUUAAGUUGUGAUCAACAAUCAAAGUGUAGUCUUGAUUCAAACAUGUGUAAGAGUGAGUCUUUUACAACACUUACCAUUGAAUCAAAUAAGAGUGAGCUUGAUUUAAAGCUGCAUCCAAAACAUUCUGCAUGUGGAACAGCAAGCAAUCAGAUGAAAGAUAGUAUUCCUGAUGCACAAUUAAGUGAUGCUCAACUCGAGAUCUGUGAGUUUGAACCAAGUAGCAGUACCACACAAUUACAAAGUGCUCAGUUUACAUCCCAGGAAACUGAACUUAAAUCAAGUUGCAGUACAGUGCAGUUACAAAGUGCUCAGUGUACAUCACAGGAAGCUGAACUUGAAUCAAGUAGCAGUACACCACAAUUACAAAGUGCUCAGUGUACAUCACAGGAUGUUGAACUUGAAUCAAGUUGCAGUACAGCAAAAUUACCAAGUGCUCAGUGUACAUCACAGGAAGUUGAACUUGAAUCAAAGCAUGUAGAGCAGGUACCAAGAAAUAGAGAGGUUAAAUCCAGUAUACCACUUACAGUGAAUUGUGAAAAAGAUAUUAUGGAUCAAAAAUCUGAAGAAAAUGAAUGGGAAAAGAAAGUACCACCUAUUAAAUUGAACUUAUCAAAAUCAAGCAUAUCUGAAUCAAAAUUAGACAGUCAACAAACCAGUAUUAAUAAAGAAGAUACACCAAAUGAAGAAUCAGACUCGACUAAACAAGUUCCAAAACUAACAAUAAAGUUGAAACAACCAGAAGAAAUAAAGUCACCUGUACCAAAACUUACAAUCAAACCAAUUAGACCACCUGUUGAACAAGAAGAAGGUGAAAAAGUGGAUAACACUAUACAAGUACCUUGUGUGACAAAAAUUAAUAUAAAGCCUAUUGUAAAACCCGCAGAAAAUGUCAAUGAAAAACUUGUAAAAUCACAGUCAGAAGUUGACAAGGAUAUUAAACUUAGUGUCCCUGGUCAAGUACCUUGUAUCACAAAAUUAAACAUCAAACCUAUAUUGAAGCCACCAGAAAAAAUUAAUGACAUUCACAGAAAGUCCAGUAGUAGUGAAAUAUCAGAAUCAGAAUGUUCUGAAAAUGAUGAAACCACUAGUACUUCAGAUCAAACAUCAGCAUCUGAUCAUGGGCCAUCAGAUGUAGUUCCUAAAGUUACAAUCAAAUUAGGAAAACCAGGUACUGAGAGUGAAGGCAAAUUUUACACAGAAAAAAAUGUUCCAAAACUAACCAUAAAAGGCAUACAACAGGAAGAAAAGCUUAUUAUUAGCCAGUCUGAUGAAAUACAACCAGAAAAGAUACCUAAACUUACUAUAAAAACUGUAACCAAAUGUGAAGCUCAACCUCUCAGUCCAAAGUUAACAAUAAAACCUUUAAAACCACCUGACAGCCCAAAUAAAGUGAAGAUGUCUACUGACUUAUUUUCCACAAGUGAAGAAGGAAAAGAAAUUUCAUAUGUGCCUAAAAUUACAAUAAAACCUGUGACAAGGAUGGAUGGAGAGCCUAGAACACCUAAAAAAUCCACAGCUGUAUGUGAUAGUUCUGAAAAUAUACGUGCUGUAACAAAACUAAAUAUCAAGCCUGUUUUGAAACCUGCAGACAGUGGAGAGCCCUCUGAGGGCUAUGACAACAAAGUUCCUGUAGUUUCAAAAUUAAAUAUUAAACCUGUAAUAAAGCCUAAAGAUAAUGAUGUAGAUUGUAGUGUAGAUGAAGUACCUAAAAUUACUAAAUUAAAUAUUAAACCAUUAAAAAAUCCUGAAGACAACUCUUCAAAAGAAAAAGACUGUGAUGAAUUGAAUGCUGUCAUUGAUGGAAAUAGUAUACCUGUUGUAACUAAAAUUAAUAUUAAGCCUAUUGUUAAGCCUCAAGAAGAAAAGGAAAAAGAUUCAGAAAACUUAUCAUCAGAGACUGGAAAUUCAAGUGAUGAUAAUGGAGACCAUAUACCUGUUGUCACAAAAUUAAAUAUUAAACCUAUUAUGAAACCAGAUGAAGCACAAGAAUCCUCUAAGGUGGUUCCUUCAAAUGAACAAAGCAUUCCUGUUGUAACUAAGUUAAAUAUUAAACCAUUAAUAAAACCAGGAGAAAGUUCACCAUCAUCACCUAAGAAAGAACAUAAAAUUGAUGCACAUAGCACAGGCAUACCAGUUGUCACUAAACUUAACAUAAAACCAGUAAUAAGACCUGAAGAUGCACAAGAAGGAAAACUUAAAGACGACAAUGAAGAUAAGUUAAAAAACCCUCCAUUAGUAAUGAAAAUUAAUAUGAAAUCUGUAGUUGAAAAUGUAAAUCAUGAAAGUGCUAAUGAAGAGAAUAUAUGUAGUGAUGAAACAUUAGGUGCAACCUUAAAAAGGCCUCAAGUGGCAGAGAAAUCUUCAGAGACAAAUGAAACCAAAAGCCAUGAAUCUGAAUCUGUGGAGGAUUGUUUAGAAUCAAAAUUAACAGUACCUUCUUCAGAAGAAAAAGUCCUUAAACUAAAUUGUGUACCUGAAUCCACUCAAAAGCAUGAAGAAAAUGACAGAAUAUCAGUAAUUAAGAAGCAAUUUAAUUUAAACACAUCAAAAGUAAAAGAAAACCUGCAUUCACCUGGAAUAUCAAAUGCUACAAAAUGUAAUUUUCGUAACACAGAAUCACCAACCGAAGACUUGUAUUCAGCAAAGGAGGGUAAAAGUUCAUUACCGAAUGAAACUGAAAUAAGCCAAGAUCAGAAAAAUAUUAAUUUUAGAUAUCGAGAACUGACAGAAACUAGUGUAAAACAACCCUAUGGUAGACAAAAAAUAUCUGUACAAAACUGUACAUUAUUAAAAAAGCUUUUAGAAAAUACAAGAGAUAAUUUAGAUAAGAAAGUAGAAGUAUCUCAAGCAAUGAACUGUACUGUAUCAACAGAUAGAUCUGAAUCAACCAUACCAGCAUGUAAAAAUUUUGUGAAUAGUGAUCAUAUGGUUGACUCAGGGAAAUCUGUUGCAGAUAAAACCAUAUCUUUAAAUAGAGAGGACAAACUGCAGAGAAGUUCAACUCCUGAUAAAAUAAAUGAUCUUAGCAAAAUUGAUUCUGGCAAAUUCCACUCAAUACAAGAACUUACAGAUAAGGUUAUUGACAAUAUUACAAAACCAUUGGAAAUAUCCAUAUCUGACAAGAUGAGCAAUCAAAGCUCUGGCCAAGAUUCUCCAAGAAUUAUAUUAAAAAUAAAUAAGACUGAUCAUGGCCCCCUGGCAAAAAUAAUAACUGAAGAUGUCAAACGGCCAGAUACUCCCGAGAACUACACUGAAAAUACUCAAGAUAAUGUAAAUGAUAAACUAAGUCCCAAAAAGCAUGUAGCAAAUAGGAGAAAACAAGCUUCUGACACAACUUUGAAUUUAUCUACAGGAAAGAGGUUACGAAGUUCUAGGAUAGUUGAAACUACAGAAAAGUCACAAAUAAAGCGACAGAUUGGUAAAAGGCCGUCAACUGCAGAACCUACUACUCCUCAAAAUAAAGAUGCAGAGUUAAGUAUAUUGCAAGCUAAACGGUUAAAAUUAGGACAACUUUUGUCAGUAAACAAAUCUUUAAGUCCUGCGGUGUCUCCACAGAUAUCACCAACUAAACCUGUUUUAGAACCAAAAUCUGUUAAUCAUUCACUUUUAAAUAACGAAAACUGCUCUAAAAAUGGUAAUUCUAAGUUACACAAUAUUCUGUCUAAUUUGCAAGCAAAACAAAUUCAAUCACUGGCAAUGCACUGUUCUGAUAAGACCCACACUGUACCUUCAGACAUAGAAUGUAAUACUUCAAUAAGCAGUUCUGAUACAACGGAAGUUGUACCUGCAGAAAAUUCUCAUAUUGAGCUUCAACAGAUGAUUAUUAAUGAAAACUCGGACUUUCGAGAUCUGCCAGUGCCUGAAGAGUCUUCUCAGGAUCCAUUAGAAGUCGCUACUGUGAAACCUGCUGAAGUAGCAAUUGAAACAAUAGACAUUCCUAAGCCUGUAGAAUUGACUCCACAACCCAAAAAGCGUGGUCGUCCACGCAAAUUGCCCGUGUCAGAGGGAGCUAAACCUGUGGUUACAUUGCCGGUGACUGCUCUCGAGGAGCGGCCACAGCGUUCGCUUCGAUUAAUGAGGGACAGACCUACCAUAAUUCACAAGCCACGUGGUCGUGGUCGAGGACGGGGGGGUCGACGAUCAGAAAUUGCAACUUCUAUGGAGUCGCCUUCUGAGACGAUUAUUGAACCUGCACAUGAAGAGCCAGGCGAUGAGCGAUCCAUUGUCGAAAUCGAUCCUACAAGUUCUAGGAUAAAGUUGCCGCGGAUGACGGAAGCUUUAGAUAAAAUGCCUUCUAUGUGUCAAACACCUUUGUCGAGUAGACGGCGCAGCUCGUCUGCGACAUUUUCUAUGGGAGAUACUCAUGGUCUUAAAGACUCGAUUGAUAGUCCAGUCAAGGAUGAAUUUCUCAACACACCAGAACCAAGCAGAUCAGGUCGUCCGCGAGGUGGGCGGGGAAGUCGCGGUGGUCGUGUGCGCACGCCCCGUGGGCGAGGGCGGGGGAGAGGAGGGGGACGGGGCGCUAUGUACAUGAAAGAAACUAUGGGCAUCUACGGACGUGUGUGUGGACCAGCCACUACAACAGUGCAACUGUUUGAAGAAGAGACCUGUAUGAUGGAUGAUAAUGCCACUUCUGCUAAGCCGUCUCAUUUACUGGACGAGGACUCACAGAGCUCUGUAAAAAGUUCAACAAAUGAAAGCAACAAACUAAAGAAAUCUAAAUUUGCGGACCUGUUUGACAGCAAUAAGGUGUGGACGGCAGCAGAUGUUAAAGAGUACACUUGGCCACCGCCAGAGAAAGCUGAUGGGGAGCAAAAGGUGAUGAUGAUACAAGAACAAGUAGCGAUGUUUUUAGGAGUAAAAAGCUUCAAGCGGCGCUAUCCGGAACUCAAGAGGAGAACAAUUUGCGGCGAGGAAAGAGACUACGUACUAAGUAAAGGUCUUGUUACCGAAGCCCUUUGUGAUCUUGGUAAGUAA